UUUUAUACAUAGGUGUUGUUACCAGUUACUGAAGUCAGAAGCACAGAUACCAACUAACCACAUGCAAUGAGGGCAGGUAAACACCCUUUUGUCUCUGAUUUCUGGGUUAGAUGUUAGAUUCAGUGCUGGGAGUUUCACAAGGAAACAGAAAUCCAGAGAGAUUCACUAGGAAGUCAGGAAUCCGGUAAGGAAGGUCCGCCAUGUUGGGUUCGGGGUUUAAGGCAGAGAGACUUCGUGUUAAUCUUAGACUUGCCAUUAACCGACUCAAGCUGCUGGAGAAGAAAAAAACUGAGAUGGCACUGAAGGCCAGAAAGGAGAUUGCCGACUACUUGUCUUGUCGAAAGGAUGAGCGAGCACGGAUUCGAGUUGAGCAUAUUAUUAGAGAAGAUUACCUUGUAGAGGCCAUGGAGAUCUUGGAAUUGUAUUGUGAUUUGUUACUGGCACGUUUUGGCUUAAUUCAGUCAAUGAGGGAACUGGACCCUGGUUUGGCUGAAGCUGUUUCAACGCUGAUCUGGGCUGCACCGCGCCUCCAGUCAGAAGUCUCUGAAUUAAAGAUAGUGGCCAGUCAGCUGUGUCAUAAAUACAGCAAGGAGUACGGUAAUCUGUGUCGUACAAAUCAGAUUGGAACAGUCAGUGACAAGCUAAUGAAUAAACUAGGUACUGCUGCACCUCCUAAAAUCCUGGUGGAGAAAUAUCUUAUUGAGAUUGCAAAGAAUUACAAGGUCCCAUAUGAGCCAGAUGCAGUAAUUAUGGGUGAGGCUCCCACAUUUUCGGAGGUUGACCCCAGUAUUAUCGGGUUUGUUAAUGAUGAUAAGAAGGGAGGUCCUGGCAAUGGAGGAGGGUUUGGAGGAGGAGACUUCAGAAUUAAUCAAGUUUACCCAAAUCCAAAUGAUCCAAAAUCCUUUCCUGAUCCUUCUGUAGGGAUAUAUGAGCCUUGUGCUUUUCUACAACCACCACCAAGGGGAAAAAUGAUUCCGCAUGUUCCAGAUAUUCCUCCAUCCUCUAACAUGAUGAACAACAAAGGUGGAGACUCAGGGGCUAGUCCUGCAAUGAAUUCUGGUCAAGGAGAAAACGUGCCAGGAAAGUAUAACAAUUUGCCACUACCUAAACUGCCAUCUGUACCUAGCAGUCCGGCUCACGGUUCCCCACCUUCUGACCCAUCACCAUAUGAAGACAUUGAUUUUGAGGAUCUGUCAAAAAGGCUGGAUAAUCUGAAAAAGAAGACCUAAAGGAUCUGUUGUGAUCUCUUGUUAUAGAGCAGAUAUUCUCAUUGUAAAUAUUUAAACCAGGAACUUUCUUUUGCACUGGUCAUUUGGAUACCCAUAGCAUGAUAUCAACAUUCAAAAAAAGGAAGUCAGACUUUGUGCAUUCAUUUGUAGGUUUUUCUUCCAAUUUGUCUCAUACCCCUUCCCUUUAAGACUGCAAGAUCUGUUGGGCAGGGCCCUUUUUAACUCUUGUAUUGGUUGUUUUUGUAUGUUCUCUUGUAUGUCUAAUGUAUAUACCCAUUUAUUGAACAAUGCUGCAUAAUAUGUUGGCACUUUAUAAAUAUGUGAUUAUAAUAAGUUCCCCUUGUUAUGCGGCAAUAAAAAUACAUAAUAUGGUAUGUGUGUUAUCAGCCUUAACAUACAAACACCAAAUGGGGCAUAUCUGGAAAAAAAUAAAAUUAUUCAAUUGGCUUUCAAUCUGAACACUGUAAAUGCAGUAAAAUGACUGCAGUCAUUUCUAUGAUACAACGUGUAUAUUUUCAGAUAGCAUUAGCAUCAUCAAUAAUAUCACAAAGAAAUGAAAUAUAAACCUACUGAAACAGUGGUAAACUCCAGUUUUGCAUCACUGAAACAAAUGUGAUUAUAAGCAUGACCUUUAUUUAGAAGCCAAGAAUCACAGAACAUAGUCAGGUAAUAUAUAUAAAACACAUCUUUUAAAAACAUAUUAGUUGUAUCAGAUUGUUAUAUAAUGUCCAACCAAGGCUACAUAACAUUUUAACCUUUACUGCAGGAAGAAAUUAAAAGUGGGGAACAGGGAGAGAAGAUAAGAGGUCACUAUUUCUGUACAAAUAUAUACUAAACAUAUAGUCUAUACACAAUUAAUUACCUUUCACAUGGGUUUAUCAUUUGUUCUCCUUAUACUUAACCAAUAUAGGUUAUACUUAACCUAUAAUAAUCUGAGUUUAUCAGGUGACUUCAAUUAGGGCUACUUUGUUGCAUUAUUAUACUGCAAAUCUCUAAAAAGACCUCUCACAAGAUUUGGAUUUCCUCUUUAUGGUUUUCUAAAUCCAAGCAUAAUAUAUUCAGCUUUAUAAUGAUUUUUACGUAAAUUGUAAAUGUAAUUACUAAUGAAUUCAGUAUUUGCCUGGCCUUUGCUAUUCCCUGCACUAUUGUGCCACAGUAGCCAACUCUCUUCCAGCCAAGCUUCCCGCUAUGCCUGUUAAUCACCAAACUGGGGAAAUAAAGACUUGACUGAA